AUGACAGAGAUAAUUGUCCUCACCUGCGCCUCCGGUAGGGCAUGCAGUCCCAUCAUCCCGCUCCUCUACGAAGAAUCAAGGUACGAGCUUCGGCUGGUCGUACAUUCGCAGUCUUCUCGGGACCGUCUUAAGAAUAGAUACCCCAAGGCCGAAGUCGUUCAGGCAGACUUUGGCAUUUGGGCCGAUUGCGCCAACGUGGUUGCCGGAGCCAGCACUGUGUACUACGUUGGGCCCCCAUUUGACCCUGGAGAGACACAUUUUGGGAUAAACAUGGUCGAUGCUGCCGUUACCGAGUCAAAAAAGCCCGGGUCACGUUUCGCUCAUUUUGUAUUCAGCUCCGCCGUCCAUCCUGAGUUGACCAAGAUGCUCCAUCAUGACCGGAAACGAUACGUCGAGGAGUACCUCACCGAGUCCAUGCUACCCUACACCAUUUUACAACCGAGCAACUUCACCGACCUCUCCAUGGGGCCACUGAUCGCACAAAAGGACGCGACCAAAAUAACGCACCGGGCGCUGUUCAACCCCGAGACGGCAUUCUCGUUCACGACUCUCCUGGACUACGCCGAAGCCUCGGUCAGGGUGAUUCGAGAAAGGUCCAGGCAUUUCUACGCCACAUAUCAGACCGUGAGUACGCUGCCGAUGAAGUACAUCGACUACCUCAAGUCGGUCGCGGAGGUGUUGGGGAAAGAGCUCGAGGUCCAGGUGGUCGCGUUUGAACAGAGUGUGGAAAUGAUGUCUGAAGGCUCGUUUGGAACCAGCGACGCCCCACAAAUCAACAAGGACGGUCCGGAGCGGAUGCUCCUGUAUUACAAUACCAGAGGACUGUACAGCAAUCCGAACAUAUUGGAGUGGCUGAUCGGGAGACCUGGGACCACGCCGGCCCAACUGGCGAGACAGAUCCUUGAUUCCGAAGGCUGAGCACCCAAUAACAGUUUGGGAAUCGGGUGUGGCAUGCAAGGCCAGUCCAAGGACAUUUUUCAUACGUGCUGGCAAUAUUGGAGAACCGACUUAGUACCUCAG